AUGGAUAUGCCCAUGAACGUCCCCGUGGACAACCCGAACGCCGACACUGAAUGGAACGACAUUCUACGCAAACAUGGCAUAAUCCCGGAACGUCCACCGUCCCCUACCGCCAAAAUCCAAGAAGCCCUCCUGGAAGCAUCCCGCCUGGCGCACGAAAACCGUCUGGAGGGCAAAGACCUCGACGAACUAGACGAACUCGAAGACCUCGAAGACGAGAGUUUCCUCGAAUCAUACCGUCAGAAACGACUCGCCGAGCUUUCCACCCUCUCCCAGAAUUCACCACACGGGAGCGUAUACCCCGUUCAGAAACCGGACUACGCGAAGGAUAUAACCGAAGCCUCCAAACAAUACUACGUUUUCGUCCACCUCUCUUCUUCGUCUUAUGCGAACGUUGAGUCGAAAUUGUUGACGGAGGUGUGGCGGACCGCGGCGGGGAAGUUCCCCGAUGUGAAGUUUUGCGAGAUGAGGGCCGAGAUGGCGGUGGAGGGGUAUCCUGAGAGUAAUUGUCCGACGAUACUGGUGUAUAAGGAUACGGAUAUUGUGAAGCAGGUUGUGACGUUGAAGAGUAUGGGUGGGGUUAAGUGUGGGUUGGCGGAUGUGGAGAAGUUGCUGGUGGAGGUUGGAGCGGUGAAGGUUAAUGAUUUUAGGUUGCAGAGGAAGGAAGAGAAGGAGGAGAGGCAGAGUUCGAUACGGUCGUCGGCAAAGAAGGAUGACGAUGAUGAUGAUGACUGGGAUUAG